AGAUCUUCGAUCCCUGCAUCAAAUGCCGUAGAUCUUGCGUCAUACGAGGUCCUCCGUGCUGGGAAACCUUCGUGUUAUGACCGCAGAAGCGACAGAUGUCAUUCGAUCGCAAGAGAUGCCGCCUGCUGUGCCGUGAGAGCCUCGGAGGGCCUUGAUCACUGACGGCGGGCGGCACAAUGGAUGCAGACGAGGCGAGGAAGAUCAAAGAAGGCGUUAAACACACACAGCGCCUUUCACCUUUCGGCUGCUGUGUGUGUUGCUUGGUUGUUUGAUGCAGCAGCGGCAGCUUCGGGAGGAUGCUCAGUUGGCGAGCGACAGCCUGAAACGCCUCAUGCAACUUCAGACAAAGGUAUUUAGGCCAAACACAGCAGCCACAUGCUCUCAGUCACUCACCGCUGCCACUGCCUUCUCUCUCUUAGGUUGAUGAACACCUCACGCAGAUCAAGCAGCGGACGGAGCCUGACAAUAAGGACACAGUGGUAUGAAUCAUUACCUUCGCCUCACCCCUCUUUCUGAUGAAUCACGCGUUUUGCUUUCUGGUUGUCCAUGCAGGCGUCAGCUCGCGAGCUGCGUGUCCACCUGUCCCUCCUCACUGCUCAGUGCAACGCUGCCGCCACCCAGCUGUCGACAUUGGAGCCUCUGCUGGCCAGUGCAGUGGAUGCCCUCAUAGCCAUACAGCUGUCGACAUUGGAGCCUCUGCUGGCCAGUGCAGUGGAUGUCCUCAUAGCAACGGCCGCUGAGCCGCAGGCACCAGUAGACACCGUAGAGGAGCAGCCACAGGUACACCUGCACGACCACAGAGAGCUCCAUGCGGAGAGGAUUGCUGCACGUGGUCUGUGCGACGUGUUUGUUUCCAUUGUGAGGUUCAGGCUGCUCCUGCUGAGAAGUCUUAUCGUUUGAUCUACGAGAGUGGCCAGCCGCCCAACAAAAAUGUACCGGUGAGUGAUGACGCACACAAGCAUCCACUUCCAUUCAGUCACACGUGUGUCAUAUGUACCGGCCCUAUAGGCCCGCUUUCGUCUGUCCCGCGAUGAGCCCUCCGACGUCUUCGGCCACCUGCAGCCCUGGGAGCUGACGCGCUACCGCCGGCCCCUCGGCACGCCUCUCUUCCAUCAGUCGGCCGCCAACUACACCCACCUGGUCAUCGACUGUAAGGACGACACGGCGAGGCGCAUGUGGGAGACCAUGCCGCUGGCCGUGGCGCAGAGAUGGGGCAAGAGGGCAACCACCGGGCGAGAGAUCAAGCACCGCUACCCCGAGUCUUCACGGACUUGGUGCCGCGGGACCUGGGUGGCAUUGGUGGAGGGUCGUGUGAGCGGCCGAGCGGCCAUCGCAGAGAAGGAGAGGCAGGAGGGGCUGGGAGGGGAGGGGGCUGCUGCUGCCGCAGCCGGGCAAGCUUACGACGGCAGCCAGUCGGCUGACGAGAGCUCACUGGAAUUGUUGUCAUUCGAGGAGGUCAAGCUUGAGCGGAGCAUUCGCAUCCCCGACCCGCCCCCCUCAUCUGAUCUGCCGCCCGCCCCCUCCGCCCCCGUCCACCUGCCGGCACUCAAGACCGUCGACAAUAUACCCAGCGAGCGCCUGGCUGCUCGCGUGGGGCGCAAGUGGUGGACACCUGCCGUCAAGACGCUCAUCAUUCGACGCCGUGUGGCUGCGUUAGAUGUGGAGGGUGCGAGGGCGUGGCUGCCGGACUGUGACGCCAUUGAGGCGCUCGACCUCGACAGCUGGAGGGCCGAGAGGGCGGCCGGUGUGCUGAGUGCGCUGCCCGCUGACGGGAAGUCGCUCGCAGCGCUUCAGACACUGCGCGGCAUCAUGCUGUGGGACCUCACGGCCAUCGACAGGCUACGUGAGGUGCUGGUGGCGAGGGGGGUCAAGCGGUCGAUCAGCGAGCUCAAGAUCGACAUUGUUGGUCAUCUGUGGAACACAGACGAGGACUGGGAGAGACUGCAGAAGGCCGCACAGCUCGUGUAAGGACACAUCAGAAGGGGAACGGGAUUACGUCUGUGACGCACACCGAUGUGCUCGUCCUUCGGUGAUUUCUGCAGUGACGCUGUUGCGCAUUCCCAGGCGUUGUUGCAGCGCAUUGUGCGUGACGGUGGCGGACAUGGACGCAUAAUAUAUAUGGACAUGGAGCUCCUCUCGCGCAGCAGCAGCACCGGGACCCCCACUGUCCAGAAGCUCGCCGGCGAGUACGCCAAGACAGUCGACUUCGUCGCCUACAGCGGAGGGGACGAGGCCCAUCGUGUGGCCAUCACCGACGACACAUUCCCCGCCGCCCACACCCUGCGCCUGACACGCAAUGCCCUCGCCGAUGCGGCCAAGAAGAACCGCGCCCUCGAGAUCGCCUCUCACAUGCCCAGCCUGUCGUGCAUCCAGGCAGGAGACCACCAGAACGACACUGUGCUGAACGCGCCUGUCAGUGAGAUGUGGAUGUUCCUCGAGCGGCUGCAGGCGGCGCUGGUCAGCAAGGGGAGGGAGAGGAGCCUGACGCUGGAGAUGCUGAGCCUGUCGGUAAGUGCAUUCGCCGACGAGCGCCAGAGUCCCUGUCUGUGGUGGCGGGACAGCAAUGAGAAGCUGCCGCCGAUCAAAGAAGUGACUGUCUAUAUUACGGGUGAGCGGGAAUGGGACAACCAGCAGUCGCAUCGUCUGUGUGCGGUGUCUGUGUUCAUUCGUUUCAGAUGUUGUAGGGAAUGGUCAGUUGGAGACCUUCUACCAGCGCGUGAUGGCCUCGGUGGCCUCCUUCAGCAAUGAGCUCAAGGUGGGCCGCACACCACACCACACAGACAGCUGCGGGGCAAUGUGUGUGUGCCCACUCUCCGGUUGGCUGAAUGGAUAACAGGGCCACAAGAAGACCACCGUGCGUUUGUGGCACCAUGUGCGCACCGACUUUGAGCGGCGUUUCCUGGCUGAGCAGGCCACUCUCAACUUCAAUGGCGGCCCGUACAAGUUCAGCUCCCAUCGCUACGGGCUGGUUGUAGAGCGCCGCACGUGACCGUCCGCCGGAUGAAUGGCUUACCAUGGGUGAGGACGUCGAACGACAAACAGCUGGGGGGUGGGUGCUCGGGGGGAUGCUGCGUGAGGGAGCAGCUGAUAGCAUGGUGGACAGAUGGCGGAUAGACAGACAGACAGACAGACAGACAGACAAACAGACAGACAGACAGCACCCACCCACGGCCGCCUCGGCCCUCCUAUAUGCUGUCAUGGACGGGCCGGGCGGUGGCAGCUGCUCAUGGAUGGGUAGACGUCCCUCCCUCCCUCCCCUGGUAUGCGUGUGCGUGUGGAUGUGCAAUGAAAUGGAUGGGCGCGUCAGUGAGGAUCGGUCCUAGUGCCCGCCUGAGUGGGUGAAGUGUUUCUUUUUCUUUCUUGCUGGCUCCGUGCUGUCUCCUGAAUUCUCAGUGGCGGCUGUCACGCACCCUUUCGGGUGUCAUUGCCCGUGUUUGCUUGAUUGCCUCUCGGCCGGUUGAUAUGGAUGGAUGGUGAACACUGACUCAUGGACGCGAUGCAUGAGCUCUCCCUAAAUGCUGUCCAA